UGAAGAAACUCUCCAUUCUACAUUCUACAAUGGCUGAUUCCAAAAAGACAGUCCUCAUUAUUGGCGGUGGCGCUGUCGGCACUAUUGCCGCUGUAAAUCUGGAAGUCGGCGGCCUUGCAACAGUUACCGUUGUGUUGCGAUCCAACUAUAACGUCGUCAAGGAAAAAGGCUUUACAAUCGAUAGCUGCGAUCAUGGAACACUGAACGGUUGGCGGCCCAGCGUUGUUCGCAACACCGUUCCCAACCUGGUCGAAGAGAAUAUCCCGCCAUAUGACUAUGUUGUACUAUGCACCAAGAAUGUACCCGAUACUUCACCUACAGCGGUUGAGCUUGUCACACCAGCACUUCCCAAAAAUAGCGGCAAGACGACGCUUCUUCUCCUCCAAAACGGCCUUAAUAUCGAGAAGCCUUUUCUCCGCCCUCAUCCCAAUGUUCCGAUUCUUUCUGGAAUUUCUAUGAUUGGUAGCGCGGAGCCUUCAGCAGGGAUCAUUGUGCACAACGAACCCGAUAGACUGCUUGUCGGAGCCUUUCCCACUUCGAACAUCAACCCCGCUGUUCCGGAGCGAAGGGCGGAAGAAUUUGUUGAGUUAUACAGCAAAGGAGGAAAGACCGACUGCCAAUACUCACCCAAUGUCCUAUAUGAUCGCUGGAAGAAGCUUGUCUUCAACGCAGCCUUGAAUCCAAUAUGCGCUAUUACGGGUCUAGAUGACGGGCGCAUACGCCUUGCUGACGGCGCCCUGGAUGGUCUUGUCAGGCCAGCAAUGCGAGAAAUUGUCACAGCUGCUAAAGCGGUAUGCGGAGUGGAGUUACCUGACGAUGUGGUGGAAGCUACAAUCAACAUGGACCCGCUAGAAAGCUAUUUGAAGCCGAGCAUGCAGCAGGAUCUGGAAAAAGGUAACUUUAUCGAGUUCGAGAACAUAUUAGGCGAGCCGCUUAAGGCGGGGAAGAAUGCAGGUGUUCCUAUGCCCACGCUUGAGGUGUUGUAUCAUAUUGCAAAAGCAAUACAGUGGCGAACAAAGGAGAGCAAGGGACUGGUCGAGGUACCAAAGAAAGCCUAAAGUGACGGUGUGCUCAGGGUUUAUUCAUCCUUACAUGAGCAAGACUCGCUGUGAAGAAGAACAAUCUGGGGCAUCACAUGUACGAUGUCUGCACUGAUUCACAUCAUCUAGAUUAUAAAAUUGUGAAGGCUACUAUAUCUUUUACAAGUACCCCGCAGAGUGAAGUGUGGUGCGUACGUCAUGAAAGCAAUAAGGUUUUCAGUAGUCGUAUGGUACCUGGAACGUUACCCUCCUGUACCGGCUUUACACAUCCCUUCGAGCUAUUAUUCAGGGCCUCUUGCAUGGAGCUACUCGUACCCUUUGGCCCACAUGUAGCUGGCCUGUGCGGGUUGGGUACA